CGCCGCCAAAACCCUUGUUGCAGCUCACUCAACAGGUUCACGCAACAAGGACAGGAUGAGAGCUGCUGUGGCUUUCGUGGCGUUAGUGGCGCUACUUUGCGUGGCGGAGGCCGACCCGGGAGGGAAGAGGAAAAGCGGAGGACGGCGAGGCUCAGGGAGACACUUCAGCGGAGGCUACGGGGGAAGCUACAGCAGCGCCGGGGCCUUCGCCGGGGGCGCCAGUGCCGUUGCCGGCGCUGGAGGCUUCGGCGGCAGGCCGGGAGGCUUUGGUGGGAGUGCAGGAGGCUUUCCGGGCAGUGCCGGAGCCUUCGGUGCCGCGACAGGAGGCCUCGGGGGCACCGGUGUGAGCGCAGGAGCAUUCGGUAGCGGCACAGGAAGCUUCGGCGGCAGACCAGUUGGCUCCGGUGGCUACGGUGGACUGGGAGGCAGGCCAGUUGGCACCGGAGGCUUCGGAGGCACUUCAGGCUUCGGUGGCACCACAGGUGGCUUCGGUGGCACUACAGGUGGCUUCGGUGGCACAACUGGAGGCUUCGGUGGCAAUACAGGUGGCUUCGGUGGCACCACAGGUGGCUUCGGUGGCACAACUGGAGGCUUCGGUGGCACUACAGGUGGCUUCGGUGGCACAACUGGAGGCUUCGGUGGCAAUACAGGAGGUUUCGGUGGCACCACAGGUGGCUUCGGUGGCACAAGUGGAGGCUUCGGUGGCACAGGAGGUUUCGGAGGCACCGGCGGACACAAUACAGGAGGCUUCGGUGGCACCACAGGUGGCUUCGGCGGCACUUCAGGAGGCUACGGUGGCACUACAGGAGGCUUUGGUGGCACAACUGGGGGCUUCGGUGGCACUUCAGGAGGUUUCGGAGGCACCGGCGGACAAUUUGGAAGCGGUGGCACUUCAGGAGGCUUCGGUGGCACAUCAGGAGGCUUCGGCGGCACUUCAGGAGGUUUCGGUGGCACAUCAGGUGGCUUCGGCGGCACUUCAGGAGGUUUCGGUGGCACAUCAGGUGGCUUCGGCGGCACUUCAGGAGGUUUCGGUGGCACAUCAGGUGGCUUCGGCGGCACUUCAGGAGGUUUCGGUGGCACUUCAGGAUCUGGAGCUGUUUCCGUCGUCGAUUUUGCUCGUAAAGGCCCGACAAAAGCUACCGCCUCGACAGGAAGCGGAAGCAAGAAUUACGGGCGUUAAUCUCAUAGCCACAUAUGGGAGUUGUGGUUCUAAUUGCUAUGUGGACGUCGUAUUGCAUGAGGAAGGCACAUAGCCACGUAAAAGACGCAUAUUGUGGUUCUUAUUGCUAUGUGGCCGUGUUAUCGCAUGAGAGUGGUGUCGUUCCAGCAUGUCCUAAAGUGCCAAGAUAAUUCUGUAAUUUAAAGAUCAUUUUCACUUGGCUUGUUUUCCAAACGUGUGUUGAUUCCAUUAUCAGAACAUGUUGCUCUAGCUCGUACGCCUCCUGUGCAUAAGGGUGAUUAAAAGAGAUUCCAAACAAAUUUGUUACGUGUA